CAACCCUGCAAGUCCCCACUCACCAGAACGUCGCAAGACAGGACUGAGGCAUCUCACAAACGAGGACUAAACCAACUCAGGCAAAAUGGUGAAAGUCGGUGUUAAUGGAUUUGGCCGUAUCGGGCGCCUGGUGACUCGUGCUUCUUUCCAAUCCAAGAAAGGAGUAGAGGUUGUGGCCAUCAAUGAUCCCUUCAUUGACCUGGACUACAUGGUCUACAUGUUCAAGUAUGACUCCACCCACGGACGUUUCCAUGGUGAGGUAAAGGCCGAGGGUGGCAAGUUGGUCAUCGAUGGACACGCCAUCACAGUGUUCCACGAGAGAGACCCAGCAAACAUCAAGUGGGGAGAUGCUGGCGCCACCUAUGUGGUUGAAUCAACAGGUGUAUUCACCACCAUUGAAAAGGCCUCCGCCCAUCUAAAGGGAGGUGCCAAGAGGGUCAUCAUCUCUGCUCCCAGCGCUGAUGCACCCAUGUUUGUCAUGGGUGUCAACCACGAGAAGUACGAUAACUCCCUCAAGGUUGUCAGCAAUGCUUCAUGCACAACCAACUGCCUGGCUCCCCUGGCCAAGGUCAUCCAUGACAACUUCCACAUCAUUGAGGGUUUGAUGAGCACUGUCCACGCCGUCACCGCCACCCAGAAGACCGUUGAUGGUCCCUCUGGAAAGCUGUGGAGGGAUGGACGCGGCGCCAGCCAGAACAUCAUCCCCGCCUCCACCGGAGCUGCCAAGGCUGUCGGCAAAGUCAUCCCAGACCUGAACGGCAAGAUCACAGGCAUGGCUUUCCGUGUCCCCACCCCCAACGUUUCAGUGGUUGACCUGACUGUCCGCCUGGAGAAGGCUGCCAGCUACGAAGACAUCAAGAAAGUGGUCAAGGCUGCUGCUGAUGGACCCAUGAAGGGAAUUCUUGGUUACACAGAGGACCAAGUUGUGUCCACAGACUUCAACAGUGACAUUCGCUCCUCCAUCUUCGAUGCUGGUGCUGGAAUUGCACUGAACGACCACUUUGUCAAGCUGGUUACAUGGUACGACAAUGAAUUUGGCUACAGCAACCGCGUCAUUGACCUGAUGGCUCACAUGACCACCAAGGAGUAAAGCCAAUCGACCAAUCAAAUGUCCCCGAACUACGCACGACCCAUAUACUUCCCAUUAAAUUGGACUCUAGCCCUCGACUUGCCUGAGAAAGUUAACCGCAUAAAGGAAAUCACAACUUGAA